AUGAUGCUGGUGCGCUUGAAUAUGCGCAUGGCGCUGGCGGCGCUGUGCGCGGGCGUGCUGCUCGUCACGUUCUACUGGGGCCGCUGCGGGGACACGGCGCAUAGGCCGAUAGGAUCGGUGCUGUCGAACUCGUUGACUCAGCAAGAAACCAGCGAGAUCGAGUGCUCAAUAAACGGCGAGUACUCGGUCGCCUGUCGGCGCGACCGCGACCAGGUCUACGUGCCGUUCUCCUUCAUACACAAGUACUUUGAGAUAUAUGGCAAAUUGACGACAGUCGACGGCGUCGAAAAGUUCGAAUGGUCCCACAGUUACAGCAAAGUAUACCAUCCGAAGAAGAAGUAUGACCCUCGAGGCACUUUCACAACCUUCGAAAAUUACAAUGUAGAGGUUCGGGAUCGGGUAAAAUGUAUCAGCGGAAUCGAAGGGGUACCAGUGUCGACCCAAUGGGAACCACGAGGCUACUUCUACCCCACUCAGAUCGCCCAAUUCGGCUUAGCGCACUAUAGCAAGAAUAUCACGGAACCCCCGCCAAGGAUCAGGAUUAUCGAUGAUGGGGAAAAGUUUCUGGAGAAAUGGAUAGUGAGCAAAGAUGCAGUACUGAAUAGAGAAUUUGAUUCAGAACUCAAUACAAACGUGCUAAGCUUCUCGACAUCCGAUCACGCCUCAAGCCAAGUUUGGUUGAAAUUGAACAUCACACAAGAUUUCGUGCUGAGCAUAAACUUGCAGUUGAAACUGAAUUCCACGAUGACUGUAAUCUUGCAGAAUAAAGAUAAAAAGGAGACAGUUUACUUACAUUAUAUUACGAGUAAUCAGCUGAUAUAUGCGCAGGACGACCACAUAUAUUAUGGUAUAGGUGUAGAUCAGAAAUGGCGUCAGCUAACAAGGGACCUGAUAAUAGAUAUGCAAAAAGGUUGGGCGCUGCAGGAUCGGCCGAAGAGGAAGUCACCUAGAAAUAAGUUUAAGAUCUCGGGUAUAAUCCUGAGCGGCUCGGGACGCUUGGGCGAGGUGCGCGUGCAGUCGAGCGCGCACCCGGCGCACUUCUACGCGGCGGCGCGCUGGCUGGUGGCGGAGCAGCGCGCGCGCGGGGGCUGGCCCGUGCCCGCGCGCCGCCGCGUGGCGCCCGGCGUGCCCGACCUGCGCCCCGGCUGGCACUCGGCCAUGAGCCAGGGGCACGCGAUCUCGGUGCUGGCGCGCGCCUACCACCGCAGCGGCGAGGCGCGCUACCUGCGGGCGGCGCGCCGCGCGCUGCGUCUGCUGGGCGUGCCCGCCGGCGCCGGCGGCGUGCGCGCGCUCUGGAUGGACAGAUACGUCUGGUACGAAGAGUACCCAACAAAACCGCCUCUGUUCGUCCUGAACGGCUUCAUAUACACGCUGCUCGGCCUCUACGACUUGCACGUCAUAGAAGGUGAGAACUCCGUAUCCCUAGCCAAGAAAAUGUUCGACGAUGGAAUGCUAUCCCUGAAAACUCUACUGCCUCUCUUUGAUACUGGCAGCGGAAGUUUUUACGAUCUUAGACAUUUCACAUUAGGCGUCAGUCCGAAUAUAGCGAGGUGGGACUACCAUGCGACUCACGUGAAUCAACUUUAUCUUCUGGCCGGGUUGGAUCCGGAUCCGAUUUUGAUAAAUACGGCGAAAAGAUGGGAGGGUUACAUGCAGGGUAAACGGGCAGCACAUAACUAAUGCUACGCUUCGGCUGGUCCUUGAAAAUUCUGUAAAAUAAUCUUGUGAGGCUUUUCUUGGAAAUGUCACAAGAAAUUGAUUGGAGUCUAGUAAAAGACUACUGGAAAAUUUGACUGAGAGGACAUAUUGGAAAUUGCCUUUUCAUGACUCACGAAAGAAUAUUUUAAUGUUGGAAAGGCAGAUAAAUUAUUCUGAUGAAAAAUGUCCAAAAAAGCUUCAUUGAUGUGAAGAUUGACAUUUAUGUCUUGAACUUUUUUGUUUAUAAUUUAUAUAAAAUCUCAUAAUAUUAGUUUCAUAAAAUCAUUUGAACACGAGACAAAAAAACACUUUGUAAUAAGGUAAUAUGCAAAGAAAACCGUCUACAAAGAGUAACAGAAAGCAUGUUGCCAAAAAGACAAAAACGUAUAUAUUUAAAUCACAAACAAUAUAUUCAUAAUAAACACA